AUGGUGCAAGGGUUUAAAGGCUCGAAGAAUGAGCACGCCAAAGGCAAGAACAGGGCUCAUCAACAGAGACGCAGUGCAAAACGAACCAAGAAAGGAAAGAGAUUUGUCGCGCCAAAGAAGGCAAAGGCCAUCCAACACAUGAAAACGCAGCGGAUGCUGGAGAAGAGCAUUAAGCAGAGUUUGGAAAAUGAGCUUGCGUCACGAACAGAGGAGGGCCCGUUCAAGGUCAUCAAAGUCGAGGCGGACAAAAUCAUGGCCACGGGAAAGUUGGUGAAACACAAGCUGAAGGAGCUGACAGCAAAGACGCGCGCACCGAAAGCGCCCGUGGAUGAGGAGGUGCUCAAAGCACAGGAGGAGGCGCAACAGGAGGGCGACGAUGGCGAUGAGGAUGUGGUUGACAGCGACGACGACGGUGACCGCGUCAGCGCGAGGAAAGACACCCUCUGA